GUGACUCUGGUUACGCGCUUAGGCCUUGGAUGAUGACGCCAAUAAUUGACAAUGAACUUAAUAUGGCAACGAGAAGAUACAAUGAGCGGCAAAAAAGUACUAGGUCAAUUAUUGAACGUUGCAAUGAUCUUCUGAAGAUGAGAUUUCGUUGUCUGUUAAAACAUAGGGUUUUACAUUACCAGCCAGAUGUGUGCUCGAAAAUUAUCAAUGCCUGUACAGUAUUGCAUAAUAUGUGCAUUCACGACAACGUGCCUAUACCUAUACCUGAAGCACGAGAUGAAGUAUUAGACUUCGGUAUAGAUGAUAUAAACGAUCCGGGAAUAGAUCUAGCAAAUAGAAAUCACGAACUGACAGCUGGACGAAGAAUCCGCAAUAAUUUAAUAAGACAAUACUUCUCAUAA